AUGAGAAGGGGACACACUGCGCCUGCCCCACAUAGACUGGGAACAGUGUCGGCUAAUGAGCAUGAGCAAAGCAGAGUAGUUCGCACGCCGUUGGCACGUCGUUGUGUGUCGGAGCAUGAGUGCCGAUCAAUGCCGACACCGCCACCGGGCGCCGUGGACCCCAGCAUACACGCUUACAAGAUCCUCAACAACACCUGCGUUUAUAUAUGUCCCAGUGGAUACACGGAAGUAAGUGGCACUGUGUUGUGCUCUCUCGUACCAGGUGCGAACGCAGUCCUCCAAAAAGGUUGUGGUCAUAGUCACCCGAAAACAGGUGACAAGGCGACAGCUCGUUGCAUGUCUUGUCCGGACGCGCGUUGUAAGCGGGAGUGUAACGGCGCACGCAUCGAUUCUGUAGCCGCCGCGGAACAGUUCCGCGGCUGCACACACAUCAAGGGCACCUUCGAGAUCUCACUCCGGGCCACUGGUGGUAACGCAAUGGCUGCCUUAGAAGAUUCACUAGGAGAAAUCAGGGAGAUUGUAGGAUGCUUGAAGGUAACGAGGUCGUACACACUGAUCUCAUUGAUGUUUUUGAAGAAACUCAAGACCAUAAUCGGCGUGCCUACUGAGAACAAGGGUCAAGCUCUACAUGUGUUCAACAAUCCAAAUUUGGAGAUAUUGUGGGAUUGGAGUACGUUUGGUGAUCUUAACAUUACUGGCGGCAGUCUCUAUAUUCAUCUUAACCCGAAGUUGUGCUACUUUCAAAUACUGCCGCUGCAGAGAAUGACACACAACCCGCGCUCCAACUUUACCGAAAUAGAGGUGUCUGAAGACAACAACGGUGACCAGGCUUCAUGUUCUCCAAAGACCCUACAAUUGACGGUGACACUACUGCGUUACGACGCGGCACUAUUGCAAUGGGAUACGUAUUGCGUGUCCGAUAUCCGCAAACUGCUUGGCUACUCUAUAUACUACAUUACCGCUGAGAAGAACGUCACGCUAUACGGACAACGGGAUGCCUGCUCUGACUCUUGGAACGUCCUAGAUGUGACCAUAGAUGAAGCGCGCGGUCACAACACUACUGCCAUAGAAGACCCAACUCUGGAACUCACCGACAUAUGUAACCAGCAGAAUCAGCCACAGUUCAAGAUAAUCCGACCGCUCAUACCGUUUACACGAUACGCUGCCUACGUGAAAACUUAUACCACGCAACAGGACAAGAUGGGCGCGCAAAGUCCUAUCAUUUAUUUCAGAACUUUGCCAGGACGGCCGAGUCCACCAGCGGGUCUGGUGGUUGAGUCUACGGGGCCACACUCUGUGAAACUUAAGUGGUCGCCGCCAAUAAUGCCCAACGGCACUAUAAUGCUGUACCACGUCAAGAUACAGGCCAACAGCUACAACCGUCCCAAGAUACUCGCCUGGAGGAAUAACUACUGCGGGAAUCCUAAUGCGCUUGCCAGCAUAAUCGCGGGAGGUCGUGGUGAAAUCACUCCAGAGAAGGAAGAAGCGAAGGCCACGGGAGACGUGAAGAACGGUUCAUGCUCUUGCAAAGAGGAAUCUCGUCCCAGCACCAAAUUUACUACACGUGCCGAGGAAGAACGAGACGAGACAAUAAACUUUGAAAAUGAACUACAAAAUGGAGUGUACAUAAAAUCAGAACGUGCCAACCGUGAGAGUGCCGGCAACGUACGCGCCCGACGUUCGAUCGACUUCACGCUGAACAGCAUGCUCGUCAUACUGACGGAGAACUCCGAUCCCGUGCUCGGCUUCAAUUACACCAAUUCUACAGACAGAGACGGUUAUGUGCAGUCCUUGUACUACCAGUUGUCGAGUAACACCACAUCGCUAUCGGUGCAUGACAUGCGCCAUUUCACUUGGUACACGGUGAACGUAUGGGCUUGCCGUCAUAGCGAAGAGAACGAGCAAGAAUCUGCGUACGCUGAUCUAUGGUGCUCUAAGCGUGCUUACAAUAUUUUUCGCACUCAAGAACUCGCGAACGCGGACGUCGUGAAGAACUUGCAUGCCGAAGUUAUAGCCUCAAACAAAACUCUGCCUGACGUCAACGUGACUUGGGAACCGCCGCACAAUCCUAACGGAUUUGUUGUCGCCUACAACGUACAUUAUACACCAAUAGAAGAUUCUAACGAGGCUCCAGAUGUAGGCUUGCAAACUUGCCUCAUGGCGGACGACUAUGAAAGCAACGGGCGAUCACACAUGAUUCGCAACUUGCACGCCGGCAACUACAGUAUACGAGUCAUACCUAUCACUGUCAGCGGGGCGGGGAACGGAUCUGAUAUAUACGUCUACAUACCGGAGCGCACCCUAGAGUCCGGGUACGAAUGGGUAUGGGGUCUGGUGGGCGGUUGCCUCGCGAUGGCUCUAGUGGCUGGCGGUGGCGUAUGGUACGCACGCCGCGGCGUACUCUCGCCCGCUGAGGCCAACAAGCUGAUCGCGUCCGUCAAUCCGGAAUACGUACCUACCGUAUACGUGCCCGACGAGUGGGAAGUGCCGCGUACCAGCAUACAGUUCGUGCGCGAACUCGGCCAGGGGUCUUUCGGCAUGGUGUAUGAGGGUAUUGCGAAGAACAUUGAAAAAGGCAAACCAGAAACUCGAUGCGCUGUGAAAACUGUCAAUGAGCAUGCCACUGACAGGGAGCGUAUCGAAUUUUUGAACGAAGCGUCAGUGAUGAAGGCGUUCGACACGUUCCACGUUGUUCGGCUGUUGGGCGUGGUGUCUCGCGGGCAGCCGACCCUCGUGGUGAUGGAGCUGAUGGAGCUGGGCGACCUGAAGACGUACCUGCGCUCACACCGCCCUGACGCGGAGGUCGACCUGCCCAGGAAGGGACCGGCGAAUCCGCCUACGUUGCAGAAUAUACUGCAGAUGGCUAUUGAAAUAGCAGACGGUAUGGCCUACCUAUCGGCCAAAAAGUUUGUGCAUCGCGAUCUAGCGGCGCGCAACUGCAUGGUCGCCGGCGAUCUCACUGUGAAAGUGGGUGACUUCGGUAUGACCAGAGACAUUUAUGAGACUGAUUACUAUAGGAAAGGCACCAAGGGCCUACUGCCGGUGCGAUGGAUGAGCCCCGAGAGCUUAAAAGAUGGGGUCUUCUCCAGUGGUAGUGACGUUUGGAGUUAUGGUGUCGUUUUAUGGGAGAUGGCGACGCUCGCUAUGCAACCUUACCAGGGUCUGUCAAACGAGCAAGUCGUCCGGUACGUAGUGUCCGGUGGUGUGAUGGAGCGUCCGGAGCACUGUCCGGACCGUCUGUACGAGUUGAUGCGCGCGUGCUGGGCCCACCGCGCCCACCAGCGGCCUUCGUUCCUCAGACUGGUGGCUGAUCUGGCACCUAACGCCCACCCAUCUUUCCGUCACCGGUCAUUCUUUCACACACCGCAGGGACAGGAGAUGUACGCGUUACAGCGAUCCACAGCCGCAGACGAGGAACAGGAGAUGCCUGAGGUGAACGUGGGCGCGGUCGCGACCGGUUCCGGUUCCAAUUUGUUCGGCGUGUCCGGUCGGCUCGCUUCGUGGGUGCGCGAGUUGUCGUCCCUCCGGUCUCGUACGUCUGAUGACGCGGCCGCCGAGCCCCUGCAGCCGGUGGGUGCUCCGCGGCCCGCUAACGGCGAUCUACCCACCACCGGCUGCUAGCCAUCGCGCGCUAGCAUAUCCCCCUCUAUCUACCUCAGGCCUGGAG